AUGAAAUAUUCUAUAGCAGUGAAAGAGGGUGUUUUCGUUGUGGAAAAAGGAGAUUCAAAACUGUGUCUAUCAACUUCUGGUUGGAAGGCCGAAGGAUUGUGUGCAACAAGUACACAUGAGCUUCUGAUUUGUGUCUCCAAUUCGUCUUCACAGGAGGUUAAGGUUAUCAGAUGUGAUCCAUCAAGGACCAACCCUGAAUUAAUGAUAACACAAGAAAUUCAAUUCAAUGGAGAACAUCCUUUAUUUCUUUUCGGAGAACUCCACCACUUUAUUGCAGAAAACAAAAACGGAGACAUCUGUGUCUCUGAUACAAAUGCUGAUGCAGUUAUUGUAGUCGAAAAAUCUGGAAAAUUCAGAUUUAAGUACCAAGGAAAAGUUGUAAUUGGAAAAAUGUUAUUUAGGCCUGACCAAAUCAUCACGGAUUCUCUUUGUAAUAUUAUUGUCACUGAUUUUAUGAAUAAUUGUUUACAUAUUCUUGAUCAAAAUGGCUUGUAUCUAAAAUGUGUAGACAACUGUGGAUUAGACUUUCCUAUACCCUUAGAAAUAGACAAGAAUGGUGAUCUGCUGGUUGGGAUGUUCUUAUCUGGGCAGAUUAAUCUGAUACGUUAUCGCACAUGA